GUCGCCAGAACUGCAUCACUACAGCAAACUUCGGGACAACUACAGGUGCCCAAAUCUCCACGAGCUCCAGGCACGACUGUUGAGGCGCAGCAAAGAGGGUCAUGGCAGUCAGGAAGCGUAGUUGGCUCGGCAGUCAGUUCUGCUAGAGCUGGAGGCAGUGCGACGUCGAUGCAUUCUCGGCUUCCAUCGAAGUCUAAAACUGAUGAGAUUGUCAAACGCUUAUCUACAGUCUCCGCUGGUACUGGUUCGAAUGGAGCAAUCGCUCAGCUUCCCGAUCAAUCGUCUUCUUCUAGUACAAUACAGCAAGUACUAACAUUAGCACAGGGUACUGCGUCAACAUCCUUGCAACAAACUCAAAUCAAACCGGGUCCAAUAGGAAGUCGUCGAGACUCGGCUGCAAGCGCUCUCUCUCAACAGACUGGUAUAAUUUUACCGGGAGAAUUAGCAGCACAGCGAGCGACGGAGCUAAUCGAGACUUUCGCAAGAUCUGUACUAUCUACAUUGGGAACGUUUGCAGCAUCAGAAGUGCUGGCUUUUGGCGGCUACAAAGCAACCAAACUCUCCGAUGACUCUUUACGGGUUCUCUCGGAUCAGUUUGAAGUGAAAGUAGGCAGAAACGUUGCUGAUUCGAAAAAGGGCGC